GACAUCCAUUGAGUGAUCCCGGGCAGCCUUACACUCCGCAUGCAGUGGCUAUGCCAUGACCUGUGCUUCGACCCUUGCAUUCACUUCUAGCCCUCAUCUCUUGCCGCAUUGGCCACUGUUUGAAGCUUAUAGUCACAUAUCCCCAGCUGCCGAAUCUGCACAAUGUCUCUGCACGAGCCCGAAGCCCAACCUUCUCUCAAAAAGCGGCGACGCGAUUCCUUCUCCAACGCUGACCCCAAGCGCGUAAAGCGCCUGCACUCGGGCGCCCAGCGACCGCACUAUCACGACAUCGGACCGAGCGUAAACGAGCUAAAAACUAGAAUCCGGGAUGUAAAGCGCCUCCUUGCUAAGAGAAUCGACGAUCUCCCCGCAGAUGUUCGGGUUGCGAAAGAGAGAGAGUUGGCAGAAUGUCAACGGGAUCUAGAAAAGGCCGAGGUGAAGAAGCAGCGGUCAAAGAUGAUCCAGAAGUAUCACUUUGUGAGAUUUCUAGAUAAGUCGAUUGCUGACGGAGUCGAGUGUCUAGAGCGCAAACGGGCAACUAAAGAGCUCAAGCGUCUUAAGGCACAGUUACACAAACUCGAAAACGAUGACAGACUCGACCCCAAUGCCCGAGAAAAUAGCAUUGAAACCCUUAAUAGGAAGAUAAGCGCCUCCGAGAUCGAUCUCAAUUACACCAUCUACUCUCCCCUCACGGAGAAGUACAUAUCCCUGUACCCCAACGAACGCCGGAAACAACAGCCAAUGGAGCCGGAGGAAUCAAACGUCAUCCGCACGAAUUCUGGAGAGAAGCCCCCCUUGUGGUAUACAGUCAAGCAGAGCAUGGCAGACGGAACGCUCGAGCUAUUGCGAGAUGGAAAACUGGGAAUUGGGUUGUCGGGUGAAACGAAAGAUUCGAACAAUGCUGAUGUAUCGUUGAAGAGCAACACAGUGAGUUUACUCGUGCAUAGGAAGCAGAAGAAGCCAAAAUCCAAGAUAAAAGUCGACGGCGAUGAGGAUGCGAAAAGAAGCUCCGCUAGGUCAGUGCAAGAGGGAACCAGAAACGAGAAUAAGAGAACGUCAAAAGAGGAUGUGCAAGGAGAGGAUGACGACGUUGAGAGUGAGAGUGACGGCGGUUUCUUCGAAUGA